AUGCUCUCGGGCUCCCUCAAGAUCAAAUCGGACAAUGUUACUUAUGACUUGGAGGAUUCCGUCACUACCGCACUCAAGGAUGACGCUCGUCGUCAGCUUCGGUCCCAUCUUGAUAGCCUCCAGUCCAGUGAUCGCGCCUUUGGAGAGCUUGCCGUUCGCAUCAACGCUGUGGAGACGCCCCACGCUUUGGCCGACCUGUCAAGUCUUGCUUCUUCCCCCAGCCUUGAUGCAGUUGUCGUUCCCAAGGUGAAUAGCGCUGCGGACCUCACCUUCGUCGCCGAUGUCCUCAGGCAUGUUGCCCCACAGAGGCACACUGCUGGUUCCACAAACCCAAUCAAGAUUGUCGCCCUGAUAGAGUCUGCCAAAGCCAUCAUGCAUCUUCCCGAAAUCUGCAGGGCCACCCCUUUUCUCAGCGGUCUCAUCUUCGCCGCCGAAGAUUUUGCCCUCGACCUUUCCUUGACCAGAACUCCCUCCCUUAGAGAGUUUUUGUACGCUCGGUCAGCCAUAGUGACCGCAGCCCGGGCCUUCUCGCUUCCGAGCAGCAUCGAUCUCGUCUGCACAUCCUUUCGUGGUGAUGAAGGGCUCAGAGUGUUAGAAGAAGAAUGCCAGGACGGGAAAUCCCUAGGGUUCAACGGGAAGCAAUGUAUCCACCCUAGUCAGGUGGAUGUUGCCAACAGGCUGUUCUCGCCUUCUGAGAAGGAACUUGUGUGGGCCACGCGUGUGUUGGUCGCAGAUGAGAAGGCACAGAAGCAAGGCCGUGGGGCCUGGACUCUUGAUGGAAAGAUGAUCGAUGCUCCCGUCAUUGGUAAAGCUGCUGAUAUCGUCGAUAAGGCUAAGCGCUGUGGUAUUGACGUCGCUGCCACCCUCCAUGAAUGGAAAGAUCAGGAGCCCGAAUAA